CCCCCUCUCCUCCUUUUAGCAUCUGAAAAGACCACUGAGUGAGAAUCGAUGGCGCAGAGGCCCGCUUGACAGGACAAUAAACCACAAAGAAGGGGUGUGGUGCGUUUUGUCCAGGUUCUCCGCGUUGAGGACGCAGCGAUGCUCCAGCAGCAGAGGGGGGAGCCGUCUGCGCCCCGCCGCCUCCGUCUGGCAUCCCUCCGCCUCCAGACCCCCGAGCCCGGCCACGGCUUCCCAUGACGCCGCCACCAGGACCCAGCUCGCCCGCUCUGUGUGGGGCCUCUCACAUGUGAAUUGACAUGGAGGAUGAAGAUGGGACUUGUCUACUUGAUGUUUUGUGUGACCCCCAAGCGCUGAACGACUUCCUUCACGGGACCAAUGAGCUGCAGACCGAAGACCUGCUCAUUAGCUCCUCCUCCGGGGAGCCCUCCCUCUUCACAGAUGCCCCGAGCCCCGUCUCUCUGCUGGGGGACGGCAGCGGUUCCCCCGGCACGCCGCCACCUGGCUGCGUGGACCUGUCCUUCCUGGAGGAGGCGCUCCUCUCGUCGCCGGAGGGCGCAGACGAGGACCCUCGGCCGGGGCGGGGGGGCCCGCCCGCCGGGGCCGCUUUCCGGCCCAAGAAGGGGGAGGAGGAGGGGGCGGGGGAGGCGUGCGACAUCUUGCAGCAGAGCCUGCAGGAGGCCGAGAUCACAGAGCAGACCAUGGCUCUGGAGGCGGGGGCGGCCCAGCCGGCCCCCGGGGACGGCCUGGCCCUGUACUCGCCGGCCCCUCUCCCCUCCCCGCCCGCCGCACCCUUCGCGCCCAAAUCUGUGACCCUGCCCAUCGCUCAGGCGUUGCCCAGGGACACCCAGGCAGCAGUGGAGCCCCCCCAGCCCUCCCUCCUGGCCGUGGGGCCGGGCUGCCCUUCCCUGAAGCCCACGGCCCCACCUCGGCUGAUGGGGCUCCUGCCGGGCAACGUGUUCCCUGCCGCUUCGCCAGAGACCUCCUUCUCCCUGAGCCCCGCGCAGGCGGCGUCCAGCGUGAUCAUCCACAAGGCGGCCCCCGGCGUGACCGGCCGCCCCUUCCUCGCCUCCGCCCUGAGAGCAGCGGGGGCCGCCGGCCUCGUCCUCCAGCACGGCCCCCUUCACAUCCAGCCCAAGCUGCCCGUCAGCAUUCAGCCUAGACUGGUCCAGAUCAGCCCCAAGCCCUCUGGGGGGCAAAAACACGCCCCGGGUCUAGCAUUUCUCCCUGGGACCAAUCCACCAAAUAUCUUACUCUCCCAACCUCAAGGCCAAAAACCCGCGGCCCCCGCGGCCCCGGCGGCUCCGGCGCCCCCCCCCCAGCAGCUCCCCAAGCCGCUCAGCCUGCAGCUGGUCAACCAGGGCGGCUCCUUCGUGCUGCAGCCUCAGGGACUCUUCCAGGGACAGAGCCAGUUCCUCCUUCCGAGCCAGCCCCCCGUCGCCAUGCCGCAGACCGCCUGCGCGGCUCGACCGCUGCUGACCCCCGCUCGCCGCGGCGUGAACCCCCCCGGCGGCUCCCAGAUCCUCGCCGUGCCGCAGAGACGGCUGAACUUCAGCCCCGUCUUCGCCACCGCUUCGGGGCAGCUGGCGCUCCGCCAGGCCACCGUGCUCUCGGGGCCCCUGCAGCUGCAGCCGGCGCCCCCUGCCGUCUUCCAGGUGCCGGCACAGCUGGCCGGGGCCUACGCUCCAGCAGGGCAGGGCCAGCGGACCGCCCUGGUGCACGGCCCCGCCCUGGGAAACCACAUCACCUUGAUCAACAGUUCAGGGGUGCUGCCCCCGGAUCUCACUUCCAUCUCCAUUGUCAACGGCCCCUCGGUCGUCCAGGGCGUGCCCUUCGCCGCCCAGGCUCCGCCUCCUCGGGCAGGCGUGACGGACGGACAGCUGGGCCUGCGGCAGGCCUCGGUGGUGCUGCUGCAGGAGAGCGCCGUUCAAGAGGAGAGGGCCGCCUCAGAGGAGACGCUCCAGCCCUACGGACGUGUCCUCCAGCACGUCUCGGCGCAGUCCUCCUCUCCUCCUGUGGUCGCGGUGCCGGAAGCUCCCCCCGACCCGCCUCUGGCUCCGGACCCAGCUGUGGAGAUCCCCAAGCUGUUGAUGCCUCCAGCAGAAAUGACCCCAGUGGUGGAGGAGGCGAGUCAGAACGACGCCUUUAUGCAACAUCUGCAACAGCAAGCACUCAGUCCUCCUCUCACCUCUGACCUGUCGGUCGGGUCGCUGCCGGCGGUGCCGAUGGAGCCGCUCGCCUCCCCGGUGGCCCCGGGUCAGGACGCCCGCCCUGUGGCCUCCGACCAGUGCGCCGAGUCUUCUCCGCUCCGCCCGGACCCGGUGGACCCUCUGCCGACCCGCUCCUCGCCUCCCGUCGCAGAGGCCCCGCCAGCGCCCCCGCCCGGUUUCUUCCCUCAGAACCCUUCGCCCGGACCCGAGGGUUCAGUGGCAGCUCCCCGGACCGGCCUGGAGCCCACGCUCCAGUACCGGGCCCCUCACCAUCUCCUGAACCGGGUGCAGACGGAGCCGUCCUCGGCCCACGGCAGCCCCCCCCCUCCGCGCGUCCCGGCGCCCCAGCAGCAGCCCGAUCCCGCGGCCGCCCGCCCCCCUCCCCCCGGCGGGGGCGCCCCCGCCGUCCAACAGCACACACAAAACAAGCCAACAGCUGCCUUGGUCGUGGAGAGUAAAGAGUUAACUCUCGAUGUCCGCCCGCCGUCCCCCGUGUCCCCGGGGGCCCGAGGGCACGGGCAUCCCGCCCCCACCCAGACGAGCCAGAACAAGCUGGCCGACGACGCUCUGGAGGAGCAGGAGGAGCGGGAAGAGCAGGAGGAGCAGGAGGAGCGGGAGGAGCAGGAGGAGCAGGAGGAGAAGGAGGAGCGGGAGGAGCAGGAGGAGCAGGAGGAGCAGAAGGAGCAGGAGGAGAAGGAGGAGCGGGAGGAGCAGGAGGAGCGGGAGGAGCAGGAGGAGCAGGAGGAGAAGGAGGAGCGGGAGGAGCAGGAGGAGCAGGAGGAGCAGAAGGAGCAGGAGGAGAAGGAGGAGCGGGAGGAGCAGGAGGAGCGGCUCACACCAGCAGCGCGCAGGCACCGGUUCCAGCAGCAGAUCUGUCUGGACCACGCGGCGGUCCGGGCGCCCUCCACCGGCCCGGCCUUCCCCGCGCUGAAGGACGCCGUGAGGCGCCUGCUGCCGUUCCACGCCUGCGCCGGUCCCCCGCCCGCCCAGGAGGACUUCGAUCUAGUGGACCAGCAGUUCGACACCGUGUCUGGUUUCCUGCUGAAACGCACCAAGGACAUGGUCAACAAAUACAGGCAGCUCCUGGUGCGAGAGGCCCAGCAGGAGAGUCCCUCGGCGGAGAUGGUGAUGCUGGAGCGUCUCUUCCUGCAGGCGGAGCGGUGCGCUCUGGCAGAGGACCGGCGCAGAGUCCGCAGAGACCCGGAGGCCUUUCUGACGGCCCUGGCUGCAUCGGCGUCUCUCCCCCCCGGUGCUCGCUCCUCCCAGCUCUGCUCCUCCGGCAGCCCCUCCCCUCCGCCGGCGUGGACCAGACUGUCCGACCGCCCCCCCGGCCUGAAGACGUACCGCUCCAGCUCCCGGGGGGCCCUGAGGCUCACCAUCAAGCAGGAGUCGGGCUCCCGCAAGGUGGUCCGCAACUCGGCCUGCGAGCCGGGCCUCAAGAGGGACCACGCGGGGCGGCUGACCAACGGGGGCGGAGCCGCCGACCGGCGCCCCCCUCGGGCGGCCAACGGGGCGCCCGAGGGGGGCUGCAACGGAGCGCCGCCCGGCGACCCCGCGGGGGAGGUCCCGCACGCGGGCCCCCGUUCCAGAACAAAAUCCCCGGCCCCGCUUUUGGCCCAGGGGCCGCAGGUCGAUGGCUGCGAGGCGCCUCCCGCCGAGGUCAGCGGGCCCAAGCUGAAAUGCUGCAGGUCGGACGAGUCGCCUGGGUUCGGCCCGCCGCCGCCGCCCCCCCCCCUCCAGGAGGACAGCAUGCUCAGCGAGCAUCUGCAGAGCGCCAUCGACAGCAUCCUGGAGCUCCAGCGCCUGCAGGGCCCCUCGGCGGCCCCCGGCAGGGGCGCGUCGGGCCCUCCACUGGACCAGGCGGUCACCAGCAUCCUGGAGGGUCACCUGUGAGGUAACCUGUCUCAGCCAGAUGCAGAAACAUCUGUCUGAGGAGGGAGGGGAAGGGAAACCUUUUUUUAUUUAUGUGUUCUCAGAAUUUAAGGAGAUUUUGUUGGUGGGCUUCGGAGAUUACCUUUGAGGUACUGAAUGUUUGAGA